AUGGCGCAGCCUGACUCGAGCAGAGGCGGGGGAUCGAAGGACGCGAGGGGGUACCGGGAAAGAGACGUGGCGGGUGGGGCUGUGGGGGGCGGAGCGGGAAUGGAUGCGCACUCGGGGAAGAAGCGCGGGGAUGAGAUGGCGAUGGCGCAAGGUCAGGGCAGCAAAGGGGGCAUCAAUCCGCGCGAUAAGGAGAGGCUUUCUGGGGUGCCGUCGUCCUCGCAACAAGCCGCUGUCGGCCAGGGAAAGGAUUCAGAGAGCGAGGAGUCGGACGUGAGCGACUCGGAGGACGACACGUCGUGGAUCACGUGGUUCUGCUCGCUGAAGGGCAACGAGUUCUUCUGCGAGGUGGACGACGAGUACAUUCAGGACGACUUCAACCUCUCGGGGCUCAGCAGCCAGGUGCCCUACUACGACUACGCGCUCGACCUCAUCCUCGACGUCGAGUCGCCCACAGAUGACAUUUUGACAGAGGAGCAGCAUGAGAUGGUGGAGUCAGCAGCUGAGAUGCUCUACGGGCUCAUCCACGUGCGCUACAUCCUCACCACACGUGGCCUCAGCACCAUGUUGGAUAAGUUCAAGAAUGUUGACUUUGGCCGGUGUCCCAGAGUCUUUUGUUCCGGGCAGCCCUGCCUGCCCAUGGGCCAAUCAGACAUUCCCCGGACGAGCACAGUGAAGAUUUACUGCCCGAAAUGCGAGGACAUCUACUACCCGCGCUCCAAGUACCAAGGCAGUAUCCUCCUCAGCGUGCCGCCUCAUUUGAGGCUUGCACCCAAACUCCCAUCCCAACCCCCUCAUCCCAUCACCCUUCUAUUACCCUGCCUCCGUUUCUGA